AAAAACAACGAAACACCCCCUUAUCCAACUCAUCUGGGUUUUACACCUCCAUUGAUGAUGGUUUGUGUGUGAAAAAAAAAACACACACACAAACACAAACAAACAUGAUGACAACUUUUAAGUUACCAUCUCUCUCAUCCAGUACUCCACAAAUUCCUGCAAAUUCUUCACUUUCUUUUUCCACAAAGAAAUUCUUUCUUCCAGUGAAGUUUACUCCACGCCGCCGUUCUACAUUUCCAAGGAUUUAUGCCUUUUCUAGUAAUGAUAUCAAGGUGGGUUCCAAUAUUGAGGUGGAUGGUGUUCCUUGGAAAGUUAUAGAGUUUCUUCACGUGAAGCCUGGUAAGGGAGCGGCUUACGUAAGGACCACGCUACGGAAUUAUGUCACGGGAAACUCUGUUGAGAAAACUUUCAGAGCGGGAAGUAAGAUUGAACAAGCUGAGAUCUCUAAGGAGACAAAACAAUUCACAUACAAGGACGGUCCGCAGUUUGUUUUCAUGGAUUUGACUUCAUACGAGGAAGUCCGUCUUAACGAGUCAGAUAUGGGAGAUAAGACAAAAUGGCUAAAAGAAGGCAUGGAUUGCAAUUUGCUAUUUUGGAAGGGAAAGGUUAUCGAUUUCGAGCUUCCGAUACAGGUUAAGGUGAAAGUAGUCGAAGUUGAUCCUGGUUUGAAAGGUGACACCGCUCAAGGUGGAUCAAAACCAGCCACUGUCGAAACAGGUGCUGUGGUGAGUGUCCCAUUGUUUGUAGAAAGAGAUCAAGAGAUUAUUGUUGAUACCAGGACCGGGCAGUACGUGAGUCGCGUAUGAGAUCCAGGAACGUGUUCCUUAACGGGGUGUUUUCUUCUGGAAAAUAUAUGAUCAUUCAUGUAUGCAUGCGUUUUUGUUAUAGCUUUAUAUUCUAGAAGAGCGUAUAGUUAAUCUGUUGCAAAAGAUUUUUGUUAUGCAUAUCGGAUGAAUCGCGAAUGUACUCUUCAAAGUACCCUGAGUCAACUUAUAUUAUGAGAAACUUCAUAGUAGUGGAUUAUGAGGUUUGGAUUUGUGUUUUGAAA